AUGACUAUCAACCCCACCUACCUCGCCCAGCGCACGCGCUCCUCCGUCAACUGGGGCGAUGCCAAAUACCGCGUCUUGAAGUCCUACCGUGAAUGGCUCCGCGCAUCCCCGGAGAUCCAGACUAUGUACUCCCUUGGCAUGCCCGUGUCCGCUAUCCGCACAAAGAUCCGCCAGGAAUUCGAGAAGCACCGCUACGUCGCCCAGAUCAAGACCGUCGAUGUUCUUUUGUACAAGAGCCACGCCGAGUUCCAGGAAACCCUCAACUACUGGAAGCAGCUUUCCCACGUUAUGAAGUACUUCCGCCCAGAAGAAGACCCCGGUGCGCGCCUACCCCGCAAUUUCGUCUCGGGUUUCCUCGAGGGUCGCAAUUAA